ACUCCAUGAAACUGGGGUGAAAAGGCGUUGGCCUGCCGUUUUCUACUUGUUAUCCCUCUUUUGCUUCUUCUAUUUGAAUUUGAACUGGUCAAAUAGUUUUGCAAUUUUCUCCAGAGUAAGUUACGGAAUACGGAGUAUAUAAUAGUUGUGGUGAUUUCGUGUCUGCCUGCGCGCUUCUCUCCCGCUCAAUUAGCCGCCGGCCCGUGUCCUUCCUAUUAUUACUUAAGUUGUCUCCACAGCCUCAAUCAAGCAUCAUCACUGCCGCCCUUCUUCUUUCUCGCGAUACCAACAAUUUUCUCACACAUGAUACAACCAUCACCAGGCUGCUGAAUGGCACGCAAAUAGCUUUGUCCCUUAUUUAUACGCGGAUGAGCAGCCAGCAUCACCUCAUCUCACCACUUCCCAUCCAUUCCUGGGAAUACGCACGCCGGAUCUAUGAGAGAUGCCUAGUACAGACCCCUCUCAAACUGUAAACGCCCUCUCGCCUUCCCUUCUACCAGACCCGGAUGAAUGCAUAUCUCCUACUUUCGAAUCAAUCCGCCCGCCAUGGAGCCAGCCUCGCUCGAGCCUUUCCCGCUCUUCGGGGAGGAGGAGCUCCUCCCUCUUCGCUGUCCCACCAGUUUCCUUGCGCGAUAGAACUAUAAACCAUAUGAAACUUUCCUACCAACGUGUCUCCCGCACUUUUGGGAGGAUGACUCUUCUACAGAAAAUUGGCUCCGUGUUGGCAACAAUUGCGGUCAUCACGUUGGGGCUAGGAUUUAUGAUUCUUACAGGCCAGAUAUUUAAAUGGCUGGAGCCUGUCGCGGAGGAUUGGGAGAACUCCAAGCUUGCAUACUUCAUCUUGAUUUUGUGCACGUUUACCGUUUCCUUCCCUCCGCUUAUUGGUUGGUCGACCAUCGGGACUAUAGCGGGUUUUAUUUUUGGUGUUUGGAAAGGGUGGCUUCUAUACGGUAUUGGAACAGUGCUUGGUUCCACCUGUUCCUUCAUCGCCUCUCGAACCCUUUUUUCGUCCUUCGUACAUCGAUUAAUGCAACACGAUAAACGCUUUGCCGCCCUUGCCUUGACCCUGAAAUAUGACGGUUUACAACUGCUUUGUAUGAUCAGACUUUGCCCACUACCAUAUUCGAUAUGUAACGGAGCAAUAUCGACGUUCCCUACUGUACACCCCCUCAUGUAUGGUCUUGCUACUGCCAUCAUAUCUCCAAAACUCCUAGUCCCGACUUUCAUCGGCAGCAGACUGCGCAUUCUAGCGCAGAGCGGCGAGACGAUGAGCGCAGGCUCAAAAGCCAUCAAUGUUAUCAGCAUCUUGGUCAGCAUGUCCGUCGGUAUCUUCACUGGGUGGUAUAUAUAUAGAAAUACCCUCGCCCGCUCCAAAGAGCUCGAAGCCGAAGAGCGCGCUAACAACAGCAUCCGACGAUCCCUAUCCAACGACCCGCACCAUCCUCAGCCACCACACGUCUUCUCAGAUGACCCGGAUGAUAUUGCCGCUGCACAGGCGCUCGACGAGGAAGCUCGCAUUGGCUUCCGACGGGAUGGUGUUGCUCAUGGGUAUGAUAUCAGCGCGGACAUUGAUGAUGACCACGUUGCCAUCGACCCGGUUGGAUACCAUGAUGAAUUUACGGACAAUGAUUCUGAUGUUUUUGAUGAUGGGGAUGGGGAUGGUGCGGGCGAUGUUAAUGAGUCGUAUAGCUUACAUCGACAUUUCGAUUCGAAAUAGGUUCUUGUUUAGAAUCAGGUUCACGCCCUGUUGUUCUUGGUUUUUAUACUUCCGUGUGGUAAGGUAUGUCUUUUUUUUUUUUUUUUUUAGUUUUAGAUCAGCCUUUGUCAUUUCUCCUUCCUGGUUGUCUUUUUUAAGUCAUUUUUAUUUUUGCUGCUGGACUUCAGGUUUAAAACACACAUAUAUAUAUAUGGUAGGGUGUGGCGUAUGUUCUGUAUGAUCAUAUUUCGAAUUGGCUUAUUCUCAAGGCUUAUUCUCAAGGCUAGAUAUACAUACAUUCAUCAGUGUAUUUUUGGAAUGCUAUUCCUCCCCAUCUGUCUGACCAUAAUAGUGAAUAAUGAGCGUUGGUUUUGUUGCUCAGGGCUGGUCUAGUUAAGGUUCGGGCCGACAGAACGUCCACUGGCCCUUACUGGUUGGUUCAAUGUGGGACCCAUCAGUUAGUUAAUAUUAAUAAUGAAUUCAGUCACUCAGCGUCAAUCUCCAUUUGAAACCCAGGAAUGCCACUCACAUCAAAGUCUUACCUACACUGGGGUUUUGCAGCUUCAGCGAUUUUCUAGCUGCACUAACUGGUUUUAUACAAUUUAUGUGUUCUAGAUCGGCCAGAGGCCCUCCAGCGAAGAAUCACGCAACAAGACUAUUCCGUACUCGGCUUUCCUCUACUUCUCAUGCUAAUUGAUCCUUUGGAUUCUUGCAUCCUUUCUUUGCGAAAGCACAGUAUCAACAACCUUCAAAAGUAGAUGGCGGCUUGAAGGUCCUUGAACACUCAGAAAACUACUCCUCGAUGAACGGAACACUAUUGGAAAGAGAUAUCCAUGCCCGCGAAGAAAUACAAUUACAGAACCACAGGAUGGAUUUGACAAAAGCUACGAAAACCCAUACAAAAGGCAUUUCAAGCUCUCCGUGAGAGUUCACUGAAUUAUUUUCCCUUCCCCUCAUGUGUGAGGCUCUAUCUUCUGGAUACAGGCAUUCUACUGACGGAUGCCAAAAACUCCAGCUCAGCAUUAGAACGUUCCAAUUCUCCGACCUCAUUCAUUCAAAUGUUGACUGAAAUCUUCUGAUCCAGUUGAGUCUCUACAAUACCGCACUCACGCAGUAGCGCGAAGUAUGGGCCACAUGAUAGAGGUUUAACCGCGGGUCCACAGAAAAAUUGUAGGUUGGAAACUAGAUAUAUCUUUUGAUGCGGGCUGUAGGCUCUGGAUUUUACCAGGGCGGGAGUUUACCUAUUUACCAAUAUCCCUUUUUUUUUACCCCCUGCUUUUAUGAGUUUUCAAGUAGCGAAAUAUCUCAGAAUGCGAAGAUGGCGUAGAUAGGGAACUUUGUACGCUGUAGGGCCGCAGUUUUUUCGCUGUCAAACCUGGAAACCCCCCGCUGUUGUUGAAGACACUUUGAUAGGAAACUCAUGCAUUCUGCGAACCUGCCGAUGGAGAUAUCCUUCAGGCCGUAUAGGACUAAUCUCCUAAUGAAGAAAUUCACGAUCAGAAAGGACUCCUAUAUCACGUACAUAGUACGGAGUAUUCAGGCGGAUUCGAGGCAAGCACGUCACCAUUGAUAGUUACCAUUGAUAGUUGGGCGAAGACCUCCUAUUCCUCAUGGUUC